CCUGGGCCGCUUCCAGCCAUGAAGCUCCUAUGGGUGAUUUUGACUGCGCUUCUGCUCUUGUCCCAGCUCACUCCAGGUGGCACCCAAAAAUGCUGGAAUCUUCGUGGGAAAUGCCGCCGCACAUGCUACAGGAAGGAAAAGAUGUAUGUGUACUGCACAAAUAGUAAACCAUGCUGUGUGAAGUUCAAGUUUCAGCCAAAAAUAAAAAGGCCGUGGUCACUUUGA